CGAUCUCAUCUCAGAAAUGUUACUUUUAUAUGUGGACGGUCUGGUGUCUGUGCUCUUGGUGCUGUUGUUGCAAAACACGCUGGUGACGAAAAAUUAUUGAAUCACUAUGUCACGGAGUUCAAACAGAUAAAGCUUCCUGCUGAUCUUCCAUAUGAACUGCUUUAUGGAAAAACUGGUUUUCUGUGGUCGUGCUCCUUCCUAAAGAAGCAUAUUGGAGAAGACACCAUAUCUUAUUCCACUAUGAGGGAAAUUGUUUCAGACAUCAUGAAAGCGGGUAAAAAAUUGGGGAAGGGGAGAUGUCCACUGAUGUACGAGUGGCAUGGAAAAAAGUACUGGGGUGCUGCCCAUGGCCUAGCUGGAAUCUUGCACGUCUUGAUGAGUAUGGAGCUGACACUAGAUGAGCAAGAAGAUAUAAAAUCUGUGCUACGCUAUAUGAUUAGAGGACGUUUCCGUGGGAACUAUCCUUCAAGUGAAGGAAGUGAAUCAGAUCGUCUUGUCCAUUGGUGCCAUGGUGCUCCUGGGUUAGCCCUUACCCUAGCAAAAGCAUAUGAGGUUUUUGGAGAUAAAGAACUGCUACAAGCUGCUGUAGAUGCUGCAGAAGUAGUGUGGAACCGAGGUCUACUUAAAAGAGUUGGGAUUUGCCAUGGUAUCAGCGGGAACACCUACGUAUUCCUUGCCCUUUAUCGUCUAACCGGCAAUGCUGAGUAUUUGUAUAGAGCCAAAGCAUUUGCUAGUUUUCUGCAUGAUAGAGCUCGAAGGCUCAUCGCAGAGGGGUUUAUGCAUGGAGGUGACCGCCCUUAUUCACUGUUUGAAGGGCUUGGAGGAAUGGCUUAUCUGUUCUUGGAUAUGAAUGAACCAGCUGAAGCAAGGUUCCCUGCUUAUGAGCUGUAGAUUCUUUUCCAAGGAAAGGGUAUGUAUUAUGUAUAUGCGCUGUAUUUUUGUAGAAAAUACUCAACCAUAGAAAAAACUUCGCAAGAAAGAAGAAACGGCUGAAGCUUUACUAAUGUAGAUUUUAUACGACACCACAGUUUGUAAGUAACAUAAAAAGAGCCAGUGAUUUUACUAUGACGGUUAGUACUAUGUAUAUCUGGCUUCUCUGGCAAUAAUCUAAUAAUGGUAUUUUUGAUAA